CGCGCGCUCAAUAUUGCUUCGUAUCUUUCAACGUUUCUAUUGUGCCAGCUGUCACGUAAAAAUUCAGGAAGCUUUUUAUCCAAGAAAAAAUCACCACAGUAUAAAAGAAUUUACACCUUAAUCCAACAUGAUGCUCAUAUGGAAUUUAUUGACAUUUAUAUCGUUUGUCAAUGUUCACUGUGAAGGAGAAUAUUUGAAAAUUGAGAUUGGCGACCCUUGCGGUAAUCCUCAUGGAUCUGGAAGAUGGAUGAACAAAAAUAACACAUUUGGGUGUGAUCAGUGUGAUGCAGGCGAAUAUCGGGAUUCGUAUAAUAACACAUGUUCGGCGUGCACUGGUUCACUGACCAGCUGCAAACCAAAUGUAUUAUCAAGUUCUUGUAGUCACCAUUGGAGGGAUUGUGAGACCACGUCACCCAGCACAACUACAAGAAAUGUGUCAACUGAUAAACCAGUGAUCAAUACUUCGUCGAAUAUUCACAGCACGACGUCAGUUGAACAUAUCACCAGUCCAACAUCCACCAAAAAAAUAACCAAUGCGAAUAUUAGGCCAAUUACUUCGGCCUCGUUUCAGUCGUCUUUUACUUCAAGCACAACUGUGAAAACCAGUGUUGAACACAGCGAAAAAACACAUUUAGAGCCAUGGGUUUACGUUAUUAUAGUACGGGGGUUAGUAUUUCUCAUUGUCUUUAUUGCUAUUUUAAUAUUUAGAGUAUAUAAACAUCGCACAUCACAGCAAAGUAGGCGCACAAAUGAUACACUAGACAACCUGACUGAUUCUGGUGAAAAGUUGCUCGAAAACAGCCAAGCUUGA